UAUUAUAGAUUCCUCAGGAACUGCGACAGGAGGAAAUUGGCAGGUAUAUUUCGAAAGCACCGCGCAUACCAGACCUGAGAAUAUUGCCAGAGCACAUAAACUCAGGAGAGAAAGCAUUUGCCUACGUCAAAGAAAUUGACAAGGACCAAUUUCCUCCAGUAGCAGAACCGGUUGCACGAUUUCCGCUACCCGUAGAAGGUGAAAUUUUUCAACCGAUUCCCGAAGAAAUGGGUUCAUCUUUUGUUACAUCCAACAAUCUUUUUCCACAUCGUACUCGACUGAUUUUACAUAAUAAAAUUGAAAUGCCACCAAAAAUUACCACCUUUUCACUAUCACCAGUGUCGCCACCACUCCACGAACAAAUGGGCAAUAAUUUAGCACCAUUACGAGAAUCAUACGCACCCGACUCACCACCACCACCAUUAAAUCCAACACCAUCUACAUUUUUACUACCAGCACCACCAAAGGAAAAAAAAAUUACCACCUUUUUACUAUCACCAAUGUCACCACCACUCCACGAACAAAUCGGCAAUAAUUUAGCACCAUUACGAGAAUCAUACACACCCGACUCACCACCAUCACCAUUAAAUCCAACGCCAUCUACAUCCAAAUCUACACAAACACCUGAUUUUUUUUAUACAGAACAGAAAAGAAAUAUAAAAUUAAAUUCUAAGAAACUGACACCUCCACGAACACCAACCAAAGAACAGAUAGACGGUUUAAUUGUACCAACACACCCUACUCCACCCGCAGCUCCAAUAAGUCCCUUAAAAAAAACUCCACCAAGACAAAAAACAAUUAAAAUAAAAAAAGACUGAAAUCACUGCAUUAAAAAACAAAAAUACAACAUUACAAUUAAAGAAACCAAAGCCAACCAAAGACGAUUCAAAGUGAGACGCUUCUCUUUUACAUUUUUUUAAAGCAAAAUUAGUAUUACUCAUGGUAUUUUUAUAUGAUAGUUUUUUUUUAAUAUGUAUUUAAAGUUAU